AUUUAGAUCUGGAUUAUUUCCUUGGAUUAAUUCUUUUCGUUUAAAUACAAAAUAAAAUUACGAAUCGCUUGAUAACCUUACCAACAUCAAGAGCGAAUCAAUUAAACAAAUAUAAAAUAUGAAAUCAUUUCAUUAAAUUUUUCGCACAAUAAGUCUUUAAAUAAUGCUGUAAUUAUUUAAAUAAAUUUACCCAACCAACAAACUGUAAAAUAAAACCCAAAAGCCAUUAAUAGGGAUGUAAAUUAUGUAAAGUAAUUACCUAUCCCAUUAGCAAAAAAAAAAAAACUAUAAUAGACCGUAAAGGACGUUUUUAAGAUUGAUUUCUUAAUUUUUGGAAGACUUAGGGCCACGAUUUAUAAUACAUAACUUCGAGAUAUAUAAUCAAUAACUACUCUGGACUUAAAGAAACUUUCAGUUCGUAAAAUUUAAGGUCAAAUAAUUCAAGAAAGUAUACUUAUUUAUCAAAAACAAUAUAUAGAAAAAAAAAGAAUUUCCUACUUAUAGAAAGAUUAUAUUGAGUUAUGAAUUUAGGGAAUUACUCAGGGGCCUUACUAACCCAUAAAUUGAUGCGGAAACCAUAAAACGAAGUAAAAAAAAAACAAAGAUAAUAAAAAGAUGAAAAUUCCAGAUUACCCGCAUUUAUAUUAUGGCCGCCUUGGGCCUGCUGCUGCUGGUGGGAGUGCACGGGACAACGAUAAUCAGCAUCAAGUACCCGGAAAAGCCUGCCGAAGUGAUCGUGGAGCCGCAGCCGGCCAAGCGAGAUCUCAGCCUGAGCUACGCUGCCACCAACAUCGACUCCAAGGAGGGGACCCGCGUGAAGACCAUCACGGUGAUCAAGAAUGUGGGCGGCAUUUCUGGGCCUGAAGAAGCUGCGGCGUUGGGAGCGCCCGCCGGCAAACACAGGCAGCAGCCGAAGCUCGUCAUCGAUCCAACUCUGCACAAGAGCGAGGAGUGGGCGACUGCAUUCCGGGAUAACUUUGACUCAUACGGGGCUCUGCCCGAUGUGCCCGACAUAGAUGACCUAUUCGAGUUUGUUAAUCGGAAGAAGCCAGAGGGGGAGAAGAAACAGAAGGCGGCGCCCAGCCAGGAGGAAAAUGUGGCAAAGGAGAUAGAAAAGCCGGCGGAGGAGACCACAACCAAGAAGCCAGCUGCCAGUGAGCAGAGCGAGGGAGGGAUUAGCCCCAGUAGCAACAUCGAUAGCGACGAGGCUGUGGUCGAGAAGAUCAAGGGCGAUGCCGAGCUGUUGCCGCACAUCAAGCAGGCCAAUAUACUGCGCCUCCAGGCGGCACAGGCCCGCUCCGGUAUCCGCACCAAGGAGUCCCUGAUCGCGGUUAACUACUCCACGCCCAUGCACCAGGUGAGCCAGUACUUCGACAACUAUGUCCAGGCGAUGCCCAAUGGCUACGAUUACUCCAAGCCCUGCGGCGUACCACCGGGCGGCAGUAUCCAGGUGACCACGCCUUCGGGCCGUACCUACGACAUCCCGCAGAGCAACAGCAGUGGCACUGGCGGAGGCAAUCAUCCGUACCUGGCUCCAGCGCUCACGAAGAAGACGCAGAUUCCGCCGAUAACGGUGCAACCUCCGGUUCAGCAGCAGGGGCCUCCCAAUUACUCCUCCGUGAACUCUAUAGUGCCGCCCAUUGUGAAACAGCAGCCGCAGGGCAAUGUGAAUCCUCCGCUGCAGCAGCAGCCCCAGCCACAGCAACCUCAGAUAGUGACUCCUCCGAACGGAGGUAUCCUGCCGCCUCUAGGAUCGGGCGGAAUCUCCACCAGCCAGCGUCCCUAUGUGGCGCCCAGGUUGCGCAACAACGGCCUGGGCAUCAGUCGGGCCCCCAGCAGCACUCCGGGACCGAUUCCCGGACAACCCGGCCUCGUGGCCAAUUCCCAGCAGCAACCGAACUUCCGCACCGGCAUUUUUGGCGGCGGCCCAAAUCGUCCCAACACGCUGCGAUCGCGUGGCCUAAAGUACUGAGAACUUAAAACUAGACAUGCGGUCAAAAUAAUAGUUCUCAGAGGAUGAUCGUAAUCCAAAUUGUUGAUCGAAAUAAGCAUUACUGUGUCAUUUUAAAAUAACAGAAUUUAAAAUAUAUAACAAAAGUCUGUAAUCACUUAAUGGCAUUGUCAAAGAACAAUUCAUAAUUUAGGAAUAAAAUAUUUUAAAGAUCAAAAAAAUGUAUAUCUCUUAUAAUAAUAAUAUGAUAUGAUAUAAUUUUGGAUCAAAUUGUUUAUAAGACUAUUUAGUAGUAAACAACACUAAGAAAAGAAAUGAAGAUAUUGUCAUGACAGCAUACAAUUAAGCUGUUCUUUUUAUCCCCUAAAUUGUGUUACCAUGGUUGCUAGCGUGGCUUUCAGACGGAUACAUAUUUUAUUAUUUAGGAAAAAUCAUUAAAUUUAAAUUAAAUAAAUAUACAUAUAGUAAUAUAAUAUUGGCCAGUUGUUUGCAACGCAGUUAUAAAGAAUCUAUAGAGAUUAUUUAGAGAAUUAAAGCAUCAGAAGAGGAUUUGUAGACAGACUAGCUAGUUCUCAAUUCUUAGGCUAUCCUGUUAAAAUGUUUCAUAUAGUCUAUAAUUCGGCUGAAAUAUACCGGCCGAAUAAAAGGUAUUUUUGUUGUAUAUAAAUACAUAUUUUUCUUGGAUUUAGAUAUAUCAACUAUCAAUUUAUUAGUUUGUAUAAGAAUUUGAUUGAUACUUGUCAGCUUACAAAUUUAAAAUUUACUACUACUUUUUUGCCCGGAGCUGUACACUUGGGUAAACCAACCGAAAAACUGUUGUUUCACAAUUUCUUCGCGGGAAUAUUAUUUCUACAUAAUAUUCACUAAUCUAGAAAUGGAAUCUAGAACAAUUCUACUAUCAGAAGCCAUGCUAAA